AUGGAGUUCGAACACAAAGUUGUGGUUAUAACAGGUGCUAGUUCAGGCAUUGGAGCUGCAUGUGCAGUUGAAUUUGCCAAACUAUCUGCUAAACUCUCAUUGAUUAGCAGAAACAAAGAUAAACUGACUAAAGUCGGCGAUCAGUGUCAGAAGAUAAAUGGAUUAAAACCGAUGAUUAUAAUCGCUGAUAUAAGUGUUGAAGAAGACGUUAAUAGAAUCGUAGAAGAAACCAUUAAUCACUUUGGAAAAAUUGAUAUAUUAGUCAAUAACGCCGGCACAUGCGUGAUGGGCAAGACACAAAAUGGCAUUGAAGCUUUUGACCGCGUCAUGGGAACAAAUGUUCGUGGCACCUUCCUUCUAACGGACAAAAUUAUCCCACAUUUGAUUAAAUCCAAGGGUAAUAUUGUAAACAUUUCCAGCAUUUUAUCAACCAAACCCUUGUCGUCUAUGACAGCAUAUUGUAUUUCGAAAGCAGCACUCGAUAUGUUUACACAAUGUGUUGCUUUAGAAUUAGGACCCAAAGGAGUAAGAGUCAAUUCCGUUAAUCCUGGUGCAAUAAAAACUAAUUUAUUUGUGUCAGCCGGCCUGAGCAAACAAGAAAAUGAUGAGAUAUUUCAAUUUUAUGAAAAAGUAGCUCCUUUACAGAAAAUUGCGAAAGUAGAAGAUGUCGCCAAUAUCGUAGUGUUCUUAGCAAGUGAUAGAGCAAAAUGUGUCACAGGAAGCAAAUAUGUCGUUGAUUGUGGCGCUAUUAUUGCUGAAGGACUUUUAAAUUGA